UAACUUCGACUUUCGAAGCAUUCUCCAAACCUAUCAUAUAGUUAUCAUUAUUAAUAAUACAAGAAUGCCCCGUUCAAAAAAAGGCACCUUUGUGAAAGCGUCGACCCUCCUCAGACUCGAGGGACUAGAGAAGGCACGGGAAGCCAGAGAUUCGAAAAGUAAACACGAUGUUGAAAAUGAUGAUCCAUGUCUGGAGAACGAUUUUACCCCCGUCAUACGUACUCCCGAGUCAGAAAGUGCAGAAAGUUCGUGGCGUGUUGGGAGACGUGUCGUAGAACUUGGUACACUGGUAGAUAAUUUGAAAAGAGGGUGCACCAUGUGUGACAACAUGCUUCAUCUUGUCAACACUAUAGGGGGGAGGAAAUUUGGACUAGGACAGGUUCUGCAGGUACAAUGCACACAGCCUACUUGCUCCUUUGUUAAUGACAUACCCACAGGCAGUAAGCAUAAAGUGAAAGCAGGCAAGAAGCAAUAUGCAUGGGAUGUCAACACAAAACUUGCUGCAGGUAUGGUAAAUGGUGGUUAUGGAACAACUCAUGUGAAUGCAUUACUGGCUGCUCUAAACAUCCCAGGGAUCACAGAUAAGAGUUUGAAAAAGAGAGAAAGAGAGGUGGGGGAACAUCUUGAGGAAAUGGCAGGGCAGAGCUGUAAUGAAAUUCUUCAAGAAGAAAUGAAACUGACUGCUGGAGACAUCACUGUGUCUUUUGGUGGUGCCUGGCAGAAGAGAGGUACUGGCAGAGGAUACAAUAGUUUAACUGGCCAUGCAUCUCUAUUUGGAGAAAAAACUAAAAAGGUUGUAAGUUUCUCUUCUAAGAGUAAGAAAUGUAGAAUUUGUUCAGUUGCAACAACCAAAGGGGUUCCACCCAGAAAACACAACUGUCGAAGAAAUUGGCAUGGAUCCGCAAAGGCGAUGGAGCCAGCCAUGGCUUGUGAAAUGCUAACUGCAAUCCAAGAUGAAGGAUGCAAGGUUGGAACUUUAGUCAUGGACAAUGACUCGACAACCAUUGCCCGUGUAAAAGCAACUGUGGACCCACAUAUCACAAAAAGAGCUGACAGAAAUCACACAAAAAAAGGUUUCACAGGAGCUUUAAUGGAGCUGGCUAACACCCAUAAACUUUUGAAAAAUCAAAAAGUUAGAGGUCACAUUGAAAGAUGUUUUACCUAUUGUGUACAGCAAAACAAGGGCAAGGCUAAACAGCUUGAAACUGAACUUGACAAAAUUGUUCCGCAUUUGUAUGGUGAACAUGAAUAUUGUGGAACUUGGUGCCGGAGUGAAAACACCAACUACAAACCAAGGAAUUUGCCUUAUGGAAAGCCUCUCUCAUGCACUUUACUUCGGGAAGCAUUAGAAGGUCUACUCAAAAAGUACUCCAGUAAGGCAGAUGAGCUGGCCAUGAUGGGUUCCACCCAAGUAAAUGAGAAUUUCAACCAUAUGGUCUCUGCUAAAGCCCCAAAGAGAUUGUAAGUACUUCGGAUAAUUUCUCUUCAUUUAGAGAAAAAAUAUUUUUUCUG